CCAAUGUGAUAGGUCUUCCGUGUUACCAUUGUUUAGAGAGGGACAUGUUAGUGCAAUAUUAGGGAAUAGCUCAUAGCUUGUGGAGGAGGUUAGUAUCGGCCAAGAUGGACACGCAGCAAGCUGAAAAGGAAGCUUUUGUUACCUUGGCAACAAAUGACACAUAUGCCUUGGGAUGUCUCGUCUUGGGGAAUUCUCUUCGUCGUGUGGAAACAACGCGGAAACUGGUAGUCAUGGUAACGGAUGGGGUGACACAGUCAAUGAGAAACCAGCUGGGCCGAGUGUUCGACCUGAUAAAUGAGGUGGAAGUGUUCGAUAGUAACGAUGCUGUCAACCUCCAGCUUCUGGGUCGUCCUGACCUGAGCUGUACACUCACCAAGAUCAACUGUUGGCGACUCACGCAGUUUAACAAGUGUGUUUUUAUGGAUGCCGAUACUUUGGUGCUACAAAAUGUUGAUGAAUUAUUCGACCGUGAUGAGCUUUCUGCAGCCCCAGAUGCAGGUUGGCCCGACUGUUUCAACUCGGGUAUUUUUGUGCUGGUGCCGAGUUUGGAAACGUACUGUGCCCUUGUUCAAUUUGCAUUGACGCAGGGAACUUUCGAUGGUGGUGAUCAGGGUCUGUUAAAUCUAUAUUUCCAAGAUUGGGCUACAAAAGAUAUAGCGAAGCAUCUCCCUUUUAUCUACAAUGUUGUGUCUCAGGCAUUCUACAGCUACCUACCAGCAUUUACACAAUUUAAAGAUCGUGUGAAGAUAGUUCAUUUUAUUGGUGCUGUGAAGCCAUGGCACCAUGCUUUUAACACUGCUACCGGUCAAGUAAUGCCGCUUCCUGGAACUGGACACAGCCAGGAGUUUCUCCAAAUAUGGUGGAAUUUAUUCAUGCAAACUGUGCAACCCACACUGGACCCCUGCGUGAAUAUAUCAUCGGGAGGACUUGUAGGACAGUUAGCCAGCCUUGAGAUUGAGGGUGGAGUUGGCAGAACAGGUGAUAUGGUGUUUCUGGAUGACAGGGAACGCAAGCUGGCCUGGGAACGGGGCCAGAUGGACUACUUGGGGGUCGACAAGUUUGACAAUAUCAUGAAAAAAAUUACUCAAGAAAUUGGUGACGAACGCUCACCUAGCCCUAGCAAAGGAGGAACACCACCCCCAAGUCAAGAUCUUGGUGAUGAAGUUGAAGUAGCCCCUCCCCUUGAAGGAACUGAGGUGCCCCCUGAAGGAACUGAGGUGCCCCCAGAGAGUACUGCUGAGAUCGCACCAUCUUCAGGCAACUGAUCGACACCACGCUCCGUUCGAUUGCUCAUUUGUUCAUCUGCCACACUGAUGUUUGAAUCUGCUGGACAAGUAACCUUGACCUUGAUGAGCUGGCCCUAACAGCAUGCUGGGAAGCCUACGUAACCAUGGCAACAUCUGAGAUCUUCAGUUGGCUUGCUGCUAAUGUAACGUCUGUCUUUCUUUUGUUAUGGCCGACUCUUGUAGCUUUCUACUACACAAUACUUGAAUGUGGUCAUCGUUCCACACCGCAUGGACCUCCUGUCAGUUUAAUCCAUUGAUUACCUCCCCUUAUUUAUUCAAAUGUCAUAAAAAGAAAUUAUCUUUAAAACUUGGACAUUGAUCGCAAAAACUCGCAUCCUGAUAACCAAAUUUCUGUUGCCAAGGCAGUCUGUAGGAAUGACAGUUUUGUGAAUAUAUUUUUCAAUACUCAAUUCGGGAAUCUAAUUAGUUUUGAUGAUUUAAGUGAUGUCGGCUUCUUGUCUUGAUCAGUGCAGUGGGGUAGCCAUGUGGUUAAUAGGACAUUCAUAAUUGCUUAAUAUGCCAAAGACAGGUUUGAUUCAUUAUACACACAAUUUGUACAAAAAAACUUGGAGUAGUGCACUUUACCGAGUGCGCUUUUACCAAUUUAAAUCAACACCUCAAAGAGGAUCAAACUCUUGAACUGCUUGAUACUAAGUAUUAUAAUCGGCAGGUGGUGGGUGUAACUUACCCUAGCCCUAAUAACUGAACAAGGGCAGAUAAUCAUUGGUGAUUGUAAUUGGAAGUAUACUGAAAGAAUCCUUUCAGGGUCACUUUAGCCAUGCUAAACUGUAACAUGUAACCGUGUUUGUGUAACACGCAGAUACCUUUAUAUUAUCUCUGUAUGGCAUGAAUACAUCUAUAUGUAAAAUGUCUACCUCGUCACAUGAAACAAGAUGUGUGGUCAUCAGGAAUGGUUCCAGAAAUUCCAAAUGCCAGCAAUAUUGUGGUAAGAGAGCUACAAGAGUGUCAGUUUAAACAGUCUGCUGUAGUAGGGGAGAUCAUCAUGUUAUGUUAAAGAGGGACUAUGGCUCGCAGCAUGUCAUGCAGAUCUUCCAGGUUGGUUUUCAAAUUGUAAGGCCCACUUUGUUUAUCUAUUUUGUAUAAUUUUAUAUUUUUGUUUACAAAUUUCUGUGCUUGCUCCUUUGUUGUUUGUUCAGUGGGUGAGUGGAGAUGUAUUGCUGAUUUCUGGCCUUAAAAUGCAGUACAGAAGGUUGAAAAAUUAAGGAGGAAAACAUUACCAUUUUAAAAUCUUUGCUUGAUUUGUCAAACUGUUAAGUAGUUGUUUAUUUUAAAAAGGUAAAAUUGUCAAAAGGUUUUAGUUGCAAGAUUCUAGCUUUUUUAUUUCAUUUUUCAUAUUUCUGGACCGUACAUUUAAUGGAAAAUUAAAUUACCAUUUCAAUUUUUCGGAUUCAGUAGAUUAACAAUGUGUUGAAAAGUCUAUGCUAGUAAGUUUGCGACUCUGAAAUGUUGUGUGAAGGGGACAGAAAAUAUGUCAUCACAUUGAGAUCCAGAUUAUACCGCUCCGAGUUUGAUAGGGAAAGUGGAGUACGUCAUUCUGUUUCAGUUUUCUGUACGGUUGAAAGAUAGCAAUAUCUCUAGCAAAGGUUGGGUAGUUUACAGUCUGGUGAGACAAAUUGACAGUGUUCUGAGCUUAGUCCCUCUUUAAUAGCUGCCACUUUUGCAAUGAUUCACAGUGGUGCAUUCUUGGUGUGUGAUAGUGAGGACAAUGUUGUUUACAUGAAUAUAGAAGUCAACUUUUAACAUUGGUAUUCAUGUAGUUGAUGUCUGUCAUGACAUUUACUGUUUGUUAAAUCUUAAAUUUACAAUUAUUUUAUGAGCUACGCAAAUACUAGAAACAAGUCUGUUAUUACUUGAUUGUUUGUCUGUGUCAAUAAGAGAUUGAUGUAUAAUCUGCCUUGUUACAGUAUUUCUUAGAUUAAAACGUUUUGUUGUCAACAUUCACUACACUUGAGUUCUCUCCCUUGACUUGCAGACCACACUUAUCUCCAAGGGGUCAAAGGUUGAUGUUCAUACCUUUUUCACAUAAUUUGUUUUAAAUUUAGUGACCAAGAUCUUUUGAAUCAGCUCUAUAAAGAUUCUUUUGUCAUGUUUUUAAAAACCCAUGGAGAUCAAGAGAAAUGUUUUCAAGAUCAAGAGGGAGAACGUUUUCAACACUUACCUCAGAUUUACUGUGAUGGUUGAAGAGUUAUGUCCCCUGAGUUCAGCAGCUGUGUUAGGUCCUGAUGGUCAGACAUCAAGGUGUACCUGACUCCACCGAUAAAUAUCUUGCCAUGUUGACCCAAGUUCCACUCUCGACAAUCACAACUCCCUUAGUUACACGCAGUUAUUUGUGACAAGCAUAAUACUAAGGUUAUUUUGUGGAGCUGGGCCCUGACUAUGUAUUAUCUAUGCUUCAGAAAACACUAUUCACAAUUUCCCAGUUGUGGGCUACUGUUUCUGACAGUUAGUUGGGUGUUUUUCUUUGAUCAGUUCAGUCUUCUUGGUCUCAGAAAUCAGUUCAGUUGAUCACAUCUCCAAACUGAUUGAAAAAAACUGAUCUUCCAUCAAACACAAGAGCCUGUGAUCAGUGGUCGUGUGUGCAGGAUGUAGCGAUGUAGCAUCUCGGAUGAACCUAAAGGGACUAUAUGGCCAUUUAUGUGUGAACCACAUUUAAAACUAAAUCCUCAUGCAGUCUUUCGUUAAUCACGGUUGAGGCUGUCAGAAUUGAUGAAUAUGACGUAUAUUUCUGAGGGAAGUUUGUUUUGUUUUUUUCAGAAUGCUUAAAAUACAUAAUCCAUAUUGCAAUGUACUUAUAAUUAUUGUUUUCCAUUUCUGCGAAAGUCUUGAACCUGUAUCUGGCUGUGCAUGCCAUUGAACUCCGGUAACGUUGAUCGUAGAUUAUGCAGUCAUUGGUGUAUCUUGUCCAGACUAGGUUACAGACCCAUGGUGGCUGUGAUGCAGCAGACUGAUGAGGUUAUCUCCCCUCACUGACAGGCUGCCCUAGAACAGGCUUCAGGUGGACAAUAUCCGUCUGUGUAUAUAGGAAGGGGGCACUUGUACUGGAGGGAUGAAUCGGAGGUUCCAUUGUACCACCAUGACAGCUUGUAGAAUGGGACCAUCCUGGCAUACACACUAGUAUUAGAAGACCCAUGUCAUGACCGAGAUUCAAUGUCAGAACUUACUGUCUGCUAUUGUUCUUGCUUAUCAGUGACUUGUAAGAUGAUGUCAGACUGUCCUUCAGCGUCCACCUUGAAUAGUUUCUCUGUUGGUCCAGGCUAGUGGCGUCAGUAACGUCUGCUGCUGCUGCUGCCUUCCAUAAGCAUACACUUGUACAGGUAGUAUCCUGUGUGCAGACCAUCAUAAUCUAUUGUGCAAUAUUGGGCAGUGUUAGUAGUUGUUAUGAAAUUAGUACUGGUCGCGUAAUGUGUACGCGUUUUUUCUGCUGCCUGACUGGUUCUAGAAAAUUUGUUGAAGUUUGCUAUGAAGUUUAACAAAGUUUAAUAUACAUGUAGAUAUUGUUGUUCUGCUAAGUCCCUCCCGCAAGUUAAAUCAGUCGUCGUUUAUUAUGGGCUUAAUAUUUGGUAUUCUAAAUUAUCGUUUUUCUGUUGAAACUAAAUUAGUUAGUUUCACGUCUGCUUGUUAAAUCUGGGGAAAAUACCAUAUUUCCUGUAGUAGCCACCGGGGCGUGUAUUUGUCACAAGCUCUUGUUCUGGCAUUCACCAAAAA